CCGUUCGUCGGAGCACCCUUGGCUGCCGCCUCCGCUGUCAAGAGCGGCACAAGAUCCUGCCGUCGGCCAUGUCGGUGUGAUGGACAGACCAGAUCCUACGCACGUGCCUGCAGAUGCUGGACAUCCUGCUCCCCCUUCCCGAGUCGGGGGACAGGUGGCGCCCGGGGCGCCUGCUGAGGAGGCCCCCCCCCCGGUAGCCGAUUCAGCACCGACCCCGGUUUGGACAACGACUGGCACUGCUCGGUCUGCUCCACCUGUGCUCAGCGGAUCAUUAGAUCCUUUGUACCGCAUGCGCGACAUUGCAGUCGCCCAGAGUGCGGCACCUGCGAGUCCUGGUGGGUUGUUGGAUGCCGGGGUCCUCGGUGGCCGAACCACGACGGGACGUGGUCGGGGGACUUAUCGCCAGCAGGCUGUGACGUCGUAUUAUUCGGACGCUUUGGAGCGGGCUUGGCAAUUGCAGAUCAUGAGGUUCAUCGUCGAGAGCGGGAUGCCGUUCAACUGCGCGAAGCUCGAAAGCUUCAAGCGCAUGUUCACGAUGAUCAUCCCGCCAGGGAUUCCCGGGGCGCCCUUGCCAAAACUCCCCACGUACCACAUGCUGCGCACGACCGUCCUGGAUGAGCUGGAUGCCGAGGUCCUGAAGUGUGUUCGCCCUAUUCUUGACACGUCAAGACAGCAUGGUUGCACAAUCAUGACCGAUGGUUGGAGCAACAUCAGGGGUCAGACAUUGUGCAACUACCUUGUCGAGACAGAGAUAGGGGUAGCGUACGUGGCCACCGACGUCAUGUGCGGAAAGAAGGACGCCUAUGCGCUCGCAACCUCGUGGUUGAACGGGGUGAAGUCCAUGGACGUGAACUUGAGCGACAUAACAGCGUUCGUGACGGACUCCGCCGGGGUCAACGUCGUGGCGAUGGACGUUUUCCAGAAGGAUGAGGGCGUUAAACAGAUCUUCUGGAUUCCGUGCGUUGCCCAUGUCAUGGACCUCAUUCUCGAGGACAUCGGCGGGAUUGAUUGGGUGGCUUCCCGCAUCGCUCAGGCGAGGCUGGUGACGAGGUUCUUCAAGCGCCAUGGCCACGCGAGGGAGGUUCUGGAGGUGUACUCGAAGAAGACUCUUCUGCUGCCGACAGAGACGCGUUUUGGAACGAACGUCAUCAUGAUGGAGAGGCUGGUGGACCUGCGGGGAGAUCUGACGAAGGUUAUAGGCGACAAGCGCUGGCGUGAGACGGUUUGGUCCACCAGCAAGAUUCGCAAGGACGCUGCGGAGGUCACUGCGUGCAUCGGAUCUCCUCCACGGUGGGAGGAUCUGAUAGCUCUGUACCAUAUGCUAGACCCUAUCAUGGACAUGCUGAGGUUGGUGGACAGCGACACACGCCAGAUCAGCAAGAUUUUGCGCCGUUAUGAGGUGAUGAUUGCAUCUUGUUUGUCUGCUUGCAAGGACAUUGAACGGGAUCAGCAGGACGCUAUUCUGGAGGUGUUUGCGAGGCGGCGCACCAUGUUCCGGACCCCCGCCCACACAGCAGCCAUGUUGUUGGAUCCUGAGUUCCGGGACCCAACGCUUUGUGACGAUGCUGAGGUGCAGCAGGCGUUGGUAGAGGCCCUGGUCUAGUUGGAGGUAGCUCGGGCUGAGAAGCUUGUCAGGUGCCACUGGAACCUCAGGCUGCUCGAUAGACCGGCCUUGCAUGACGAUGGUGCUGGUGAGAGGCCCGACAUCUUCGGGAAGUGGGUGCAUUAUUUGCAGGCCGUGGAGGACGAGGUCCCCGUGGACCAUCAGCUCGUCAGAGGCAGUGGAGCACGGGCCAUGGUGACUGAGGAGGAGUUGACCACCGCUAGAGAGAGGAUGCGCGCGGUUUUCCGCAUGGGAGCCGAGCGUCGGGUGGCGGAGUCCGACAGGCGCCGACGCAGGGCCGGAGGUCGCGGACGAGCAGUGGCCGGUGGACCGACGCGCGGCGACGUGCGUGCAGGUUCGCAAACACGACGACGGCGGGCGGACGAUUUCGUUUGCAAGCCUCGCGUGCGCUGGGACGAGGGAGACUUCCUGUUCGACAACACGUCCAGCGACGACGACGAUUUCUUCGCGUCAGGCACACCGGCGGCCGACGACGACGAUGGAGGUGACAGUGGAGGCAGCGGCGACGGAGGAGGUGACAGGGGAGGUGGUGGGUGCGGGGGCGCUGGUGGUGGUGACAGGGGAGGUGAUAGUGGAGGCGACAGGGGAGGUGAUGGGUGUGGGGAUUGGAGUCAGCUGGUGGUGGUGACGGUGGAGGUGACAGGGGAGGUGGUGGGUGUGGGGGCGCUGAUGGUGGUGACGGUGGAGGUGACAGGGGAGGUGAUGGUGGAGGCGGUGACAGAGGAGGAGGUGACAGGGGAGGUGGUAGGUGCGGGGGCGCUGGUGGUGGUGACGGUGGAGGUGACAGGGGGGGUGAUGGUGGAGGCGGUGACAAAGGAGGAGGUGACGGUUUCCGUGAUAGCACAGANUGUUGUUGUUGUUGUUGUUGUUGUUGUUGUUGUUGUUGCUGUUGUUGUUGUUGCUGUUGUUGUUGUUGCUGUUGUUGUUGCUGGUGCUGUUGUUGCUGGUGCUGUGGUUGUGGUUGUGGUUGUUGUGGUUGUUGUUGUUCUGGUUGUCGUGGUUGUUGUUGUUGUGGUUGUUGUUGUUGUUGUUGUUGUUGUUGUUGUUGUGGUUGUGGUUGUUGUGGUUGUUGUUGUUGUUGUUGUGGUUGCUGUUGCUGUUGCUGCUGUUGCUGUUGUUGUUGUUGUGGUUGUUGUGGUUGUUGUGGUUGUUGUGGUUGUUGUGGUUGUGGUUGUGGUUGUGGUUGCUGCUGUUGCUGUUGUUGUUGUUGUGGUUGUGGAACUUGUGGUUGUGGUUGUGGUUGUUGCUAUGGUUGUGGUUGUGGUUGUGGACCUUGUGGUUGUGGUUGCUGUUGCUGUUGUUGCUGUUGUUGCUGUUGUUGCUGUUGUUGCUGUUGUUGUUGUUCUUGCGGUUGUUGUUGUUGCUGUGGUGGUGGUGGUGGUUGUGGUUGUGGUUGUUGUUGUUCUGGUUGUCGUGGUUGUUGUUGUUGUGGUUGUUGUGGUUGUUGUUGUUGUGGUGGUUGUGGUUGCUGUUGUUGUUGUUGUGGUUGAUGUUGCUGUUGCUGCUGUUGCUGUUGUUGUUGUUGUGGUUGUUGUGGUUGUGGACCUUGUGGUUGUGGUUGCUGUUGCUGUGGUUGUUGUUGUUGUUGCUGUUGCUGUCGUUGUUGUUGUGGUUGUUGUUGUUGUUGUGGUUGUUGCUGACGAAGCUGUUGCUGUUGUUGUUGUUGUGGUUGCUGCGGUUGUUGUUGCUGUUGUUGUUGUUGUUGUUGUUGUUGUUGCUGUUGUUGUUGUUGCUGUUGUUGUUGUUGCUGUUGCUGCUGUUGCUGUUGUUGUUGUUGUGGUUGUGGUUGUGGUUGUUGCUGCUGCUGUUGUUGUGGUGGUGGUGGUUUUCAUUGUUCUUUUGUUGUUGUUGUUGUUGUGGUGGUGGUGUGUUCCACACUUUUGCAUUCUCUUCGGUUCCCCGAACCGUCGUCUUCUGUCGUCGAAGCUCCGCGCCUUCAUCAUGUCGCAGGACCGCAGCAAGGGUCCUGGGCUGGCGGACCCUUCAAUGGGCCCGAGGCAAGGUCAUAACACGAAGGCGUUCGAGUCGCCUUUCAAGGUUGAUGCGAAGGUCGACAGGAAGAGAGACGAUCCGGUGUGGCAUUUCGUCGCGAGAGGUCGUUAUUUGGAUGGCUCCACGGCGGCGGGUAGGAAGCUUGGUCGUCGCUGCCUGUGCAGGUUGUGCGGUCGUUCCAUUUGCGGGGGCGCCAAAGCAGCCAGGGAACACUUCUCGAAGAGCGAGAAGUUCAGAUGCGAGGUGGCCACUCCUGCGGUGUGGUAUGCCAUCUGGGCGAAAGACAUGACCAAAUGUCCGAAGGAGUUCGCUUCGGCCAUCGAGUCGUUGCAGAGCUUAGAGGCAGGCCAUCCAAGGUUCCAGUGGCCACCGUUGCGAUACCCCGAGGACUCGGUCCCGGCUCCCGAUUCCACGACCGCCCCCUCCGUUGCGGCGCCAUUGCCUGGUCUUGUGGCUCCAACUGCUGGGGUCACAGUCACGCUGCCGGCGACGACAUGUCCACCACCUCGGCCACAUCCUACGGUAGCUGGGACACCGGGUGCUCGGCAUGCGCAUAUUGGUCGGUCAAUGCCGGCCAACGAGCCCCCACCUGUUAGGGAUGGUGGAGGCCUUGCGGCAUUUGACGAGGAUAGCACACGUUCUUUCGUUGACAGUCGCAGGUGGGGGGGGGAUGCGGGCACGUCGGCCAGACUCGCCCCUGUGUUCAUCGGUGCCAGACAGUCAACUGCCGCACGGGCUACUAGUGUUGUGACACCCGCCGCACCUGCCCGCCGUUCGUCGGAGCACCCUUGGCUGCCGCCUCCGCUGUCAAGAGCGGCACAAGAUCCUGCCGUCGGCCAUGUCGGUGUGAUGGACAGACCAGAUCCUACGCACGUGCCUGCAGAUGCUGGACAUCCUGCUCCCCCUUCCCGAGUCGGGGGACAGGUGGCGCCCGGGGCGCCUGCUGAGGAGGCCCCCCCCCCGGUAGCCGAUUCAGCACCGACCCCGGUUUGGACAACGACUGGCACUGCUCGGUCUGCUCCACCUGUGCUCAGCGGAUCAUUAGAUCCUUUGUACCGCAUGCGCGACAUUGCAGUCGCCCAGAGUGCGGCACCUGCGAGUCCUGGUGGGUUGUUGGAUGCCGGGGUCCUCGGUGGCCGAACCACGACGGGACGUGGUCGGGGGACUUAUCGCCAGCAGGCUGUGACGUCGUAUUAUUCGGACGCUUUGGAGCGGGCUUGGCAAUUGCAGAUCAUGAGGUUCAUCGUCGAGAGCGGGAUGCCGUUCAACUGCGCGAAGCUCGAAAGCUUCAAGCGCAUGUUCACGAUGAUCAUCCCGCCAGGGAUUCCCGGGGCGCCCUUGCCAAAACUCCCCACGUACCACAUGCUGCGCACGACCGUCCUGGAUGAGCUGGAUGCCGAGGUCCUGAAGUGUGUUCGCCCUAUUCUUGACACGUCAAGACAGCAUGGUUGCACAAUCAUGACCGAUGGUUGGAGCAACAUCAGGGGUCAGACAUUGUGCAACUACCUUGUCGAGACAGAGAUAGGGGUAGCGUACGUGGCCACCGACGUCAUGUGCGGAAAGAAGGACGCCUAUGCGCUCGCAACCUCGUGGUUGAACGGGGUGAAGUCCAUGGACGUGAACUUGAGCGACAUAACAGCGUUCGUGACGGACUCCGCCGGGGUCAACGUCGUGGCGAUGGACGUUUUCCAGAAGGAUGAGGGCGUUAAACAGAUCUUCUGGAUUCCGUGCGUUGCCCAUGUCAUGGACCUCAUUCUCGAGGACAUCGGCGGGAUUGAUUGGGUGGCUUCCCGCAUCGCUCAGGCGAGGCUGGUGACGAGGUUCUUCAAGCGCCAUGGCCACGCGAGGGAGGUUCUGGAGGUGUACUCGAAGAAGACUCUUCUGCUGCCGACAGAGACGCGUUUUGGAACGAACGUCAUCAUGAUGGAGAGGCUGGUGGACCUGCGGGGAGAUCUGACGAAGGUUAUAGGCGACAAGCGCUGGCGUGAGACGGUUUGGUCCACCAGCAAGAUUCGCAAGGACGCUGCGGAGGUCACUGCGUGCAUCGGAUCUCCUCCACGGUGGGAGGAUCUGAUAGCUCUGUACCAUAUGCUAGACCCUAUCAUGGACAUGCUGAGGUUGGUGGACAGCGACACACGCCAGAUCAGCAAGAUUUUGCGCCGUUAUGAGGUGAUGAUUGCAUCUUGUUUGUCUGCUUGCAAGGACAUUGAACGGGAUCAGCAGGACGCUAUUCUGGAGGUGUUUGCGAGGCGGCGCACCAUGUUCCGGACCCCCGCCCACACAGCAGCCAUGUUGUUGGAUCCUGAGUUCCGGGACCCAACGCUUUGUGACGAUGCUGAGGUGCAGCAGGCGUUGGUAGAGGCCCUGGUCUAGUUGGAGGUAGCUCGGGCUGAGAAGCUUGUCAGGUGCCACUGGAACCUCAGGCUGCUCGAUAGACCGGCCUUGCAUGACGAUGGUGCUGGUGAGAGGCCCGACAUCUUCGGGAAGUGGGUGCAUUAUUUGCAGGCCGUGGAGGACGAGGUCCCCGUGGACCAUCAGCUCGUCAGAGGCAGUGGAGCACGGGCCAUGGUGACUGAGGAGGAGUUGACCACCGCUAGAGAGAGGAUGCGCGCGGUUUUCCGCAUGGGAGCCGAGCGUCGGGUGGCGGAGUCCGACAGGCGCCGACGCAGGGCCGGAGGUCGCGGACGAGCAGUGGCCGGUGGACCGACGCGCGGCGACGUGCGUGCAGGUUCGCAAACACGACGACGGCGGGCGGACGAUUUCGUUUGCAAGCCUCGCGUGCGCUGGGACGAGGGAGACUUCCUGUUCGACAACACGUCCAGCGACGACGACGAUUUCUUCGCGUCAGGCACACCGGCGGCCGACGACGACGAUGGAGGUGACAGUGGAGGCAGCGGCGACGGAGGAGGUGACAGGGGAGGUGGUGGGUGCGGGGGCGCUGGUGGUGGUGACAGGGGAGGUGAUAGUGGAGGCGACAGGGGAGGUGAUGGGUGUGGGGAUUGGAGUCAGCUGGUGGUGGUGACGGUGGAGGUGACAGGGGAGGUGGUGGGUGUGGGGGCGCUGAUGGUGGUGACGGUGGAGGUGACAGGGGAGGUGAUGGUGGAGGCGGUGACAGAGGAGGAGGUGACAGGGGAGGUGGUAGGUGCGGGGGCGCUGGUGGUGGUGACGGUGGAGGUGACAGGGGGGGUGAUGGUGGAGGCGGUGACAAAGGAGGAGUGGCCGCCUGACAACGGGGGAGGUGGUGGGUGCGGGGGCGCUGGUGGGCUCGGCCGGGGUGACGUUGGAGGCGGGGGAGGUGACGGUGGAGGUGGUGACAGAGGAGGUGAUGGACCCGAUGGUGGAGGGAGUGGGUGCGGGGGCAACAGGGCCGACGAGUGUGUGGACGGCGAUGUUGGUCACGGUGGUCGCACCAUGACUCGCAUGCCUGCCAUCGUUUUGAAGCGGUUGAGACACGGGGGUAAACGGGAUGACAACAUUGCUUCUCGUGUGCGUAGACGUCGUGUGACUCGUGUCCACGUCGCGACCCGGACGCAGUCACAUGUAAUGCAGCACGACCCGGUCGUCGUGUCGGAGGAUGACAUGGGUGACCAUCCCGCGUCUUUGGCGCGGGAGGAGAGUGGAGUGGUGUUCACUCGUCCCCGGUCGCCGGAGCCCACUGUCGACACCGCGGAGGAGACGGAGUUCCAUCGCAUGCCUUCCACUGAUGUUGUCACGGGCCAGGGGUUGGCGGAGGAGGUGGCACGAAACCGUCGUGGUGGGCUGCGCGUUGCAGCGCAACGCAGUCUGGGAGAGUCAUUAGAGGCAGCUUCCGCGGAUAAUGCGGCGCCCGAGGGUCGUGGUUCGAAGGAUUUUUCAGACGGCGGGUCGUUAGUCCCGCCACGGGCGGCGGGUCAUCAGGCAGAGCCGCACCCGGGCCCGACGGUGGCGACAGAGGCGCAGGUUUCGAGGGUCGUUCGGUCGGGAGGAGGCGACGGCACGGGGCAGGAUCGGGCUCAGGCACUGCGCGCAGCUGAUGGUCAGCCCGUUGGCAGGGACAGCGAGCAUGGUGGGUCAUCGACCACACACCCCGGUGCUGGCGGGCCCAUCGCACAUGGUGUCGGAGGCGGGCAUGCAGGCGACCCUCGACCGCAUAUGCCGGGGAUUUGUCUACCACCCCCGCACCCCCCCGCCGUCGACCCCGCCGCCCAUGGCCUGGAUGCGCGCAGUGCAUUGCCGACGAUGUCUUUCUACAACGGCGCGAGCACAGACCAAGGGGCGGGCGAUAUGGGACAUGCAUCAGCAUGUGGACCGACAGAUGUGCCCGCGGGGACGCGGUUGAUAGGCCACGUCGAUAGCAGUUGUCACGAGUCCAUGAGAGCUUUCGAGGAGCGGCAUGGGAGGCCCAUACGGCCCAAGACAGAGGACGUUCAUGACACUAGGAUGGCAAUUGCGAGGCUGUCUCGGGCGAGGAAGAAGGGGACAGGUAUGUCGAUUCCGUAUCACCGGCGUCGCCCGCCACCUAUUUCUCGCUACAGAGAUCAGUCCACACAGAUGUCGGCGGCUGCUGACGAACAGGCGGGGGCAGACGGGGGUGACGGCGUGGACAGACCAGGGCGAGGCGAGAAGAGACGAGGCGGCUGGAGCACCAUCCGUGAUGACAGUUUCACAACCGCUGAGGCCGGUGAGACGACAGGGGCCGACGAUCCUAAUGACUCCGAUUACGUGCCGAGGUUACGGACGGCAGAUGGAGCUGACGGCGGAGGACGACGCGUGAGGCAGAGGACAGGACUCGGCCCGCAAGGGCACUGCACGCCAUCGGCCAAUGUGCCACUUAUUGAGCGAUGGGCGCAAGCUCGCUCUAUUGUCAUCUUGUGAUUGGUUGUUGGGAGUUUGUCAGAGAGAGAGGAACACUGUGUGUAUUCUCCGCAUUUGUGCAUGGUUGA